GUCCUUGUCAUCCCUAUUUGAUUUAUGAAAUUGUGUUUUAAAUUUAUUCAUUUGUAUCUUCCUCUCCAUUGCUCUUGCGUUUUUAAAAUCUUCCAACCAUAAUUCAAAUUUUUUAUCAUGAUGUUUUAUUUCCUUAUGUUGCCUGCCUUCCGGUUUCCUAUAUUUAUAACCCUAAUUUUAACAUACUUAAUAAUAAACUACUAAACUACAUUUUAACAUUUAUGCUACUUGUUGUUUUUAUUUUCUCUUUUUUUUCCUUACAACUCCUACUUUUGAACAUUUUCAAAAAUUUAUAACUUCUGUGCCGGCUAUGAACCUUGUUGCUCUGCCUGUAUACGAAAAUGAAAACUAGAAAAAUCCACCACUUAUAUUGGAAGGCUUAGAGCCAGAUGUCUACUAUGAGUUUUAUGUGGUUUCGAUAAAUGCAUACGGUAAAAGUGAACCCUCACCACGUCUCAUAAUACGCACCCAGCCCUUAGAGGUAGAGGAGGUGUAUGAAGCGAAAUAUAACAUGAGUACAUGCUGCCAAGCAUCCGGACUGUUGCCACAAUGUGCACCAUUGUGUACUUACAACAUACGUUUAUCGGACAUUGAAAAACUAGGACCAGCGUGUCGGGCACAAAUGUCCGUAAUUGCCCGAUGUGCUGCCGGCGGCCGAGAUCACACACCCUGUUGUGUGCGUAGAGGUGUUACUUCGGCCUGUAUGUCUCUGUGUCGUGGUGUCCUGCCCGUUCAUCAUACCACCUCAUUAUCUACUGGCACCACCUCUAACUCUACCACCGAUUGUUUAUCGUAUGCCGGCAAUAUUUUACAAUGUUUCGAAGAAGGUACUGGUAGCAUACCUGGUCCUGCAGAAGAUCUCCAUGCCACCGUGGUUACAAACAAUUCAAUAAGUUUAGUUUGGUCACAACCAGAUAUAGAGGGCAGUAAUAAUUUAACCGAAACACCAAUAACGUCGACAACAACAACUGAAAUGUCGACAGCAACAGUUGAUAAAACAACAACAGUAUCAUCAUUAUCAACUUCUGGACAAGCCACAACAAAUGCUGAUAUUGAUUUUAUUGUACAAUAUGGUAAAGUCAAUAAUAUGACCAUGUACGAGACUGUAGCCAAGUUGGAGAAUGUAAGUACCCACAAAACAAAAAUUUUACUUUUAUACACAUAUGUAGAUACUUUCACAUACACAUUACAUAUAGAAAUACCAAUAAGUUGAUAUGUAUGUUGAUGU